AAAAAAAAAAAAAAAAACCCAUUAAAAUCCUGUGGCAGAAGCUUCUCCAUCUCCCAUCAGAUCACCCUCUUUUCUUCUCCCUGGUCCCCAAUAUUUUCUCUAAUUCUCUUAUAACCUGAAUUACUUGAUUUACUCAACAAAAGUAAGAGCUAUAGACGAUCGAGUGAGAAAGAAAUUGGAAGGAUCUUCAAGAUUUGAAGAAGGAAGAUGGCUCUCAUCAGAUUUGUUUCUUUAGUUCUCUUAUCUCAUCUUUUGCUCUUGACGUGUGACCAUGGCUAUGGAGUAACGAAGAUGUCUGAAUCAACAGGUCUGAUGGAGGAUCCGAAACUAGGAAUCGUCUGUACCAUAAAUGAUCUACAUGUUGGGAAAACAAUUACAUUCCAAGUCCCAACCAAAGACCCCUCUUCUUUACCUCACUUCUUGCCUAGAGAAGAGGCUGAUUCCAUUCCUUUCUCAGUGGAAGAAUUCCCAAAUCUCCUCCAACUCUUCUCAAUCUCUCAAAAUUCUCCCCAAGCCAAGGCAAUCAAGAGGACACUCGAAGAUUGUGAAUCUAAGCCGCCCAUUAAACAAGUGAAGUUUUGUGCUACCUCCUUAGAAUCCAUGGUUGAUUCUGUGCGGGCCUUUUUUGGAUCAGAAUCCCCUUUCAAAGCUCUAGGCACAACCAGCCUCACAAAAUCAAAUUACACUUUCUUAGAUGUUAAAGAGGUGUCAACUUCAAAGACCAUGGUAUUGGUAUGUCAUAACACGCCUUACCCUUAUGCAGUCUUUUACUGCCAUGACCUGGGUGACACCAAGGUUUUCGAGAUUUCACUAGGUGGUCAUCAGAAUGGUGAAACAGCGGCAGCUUUUUUUGUUUGCCACAUGGACACAUCCGGCUUUGCACCCGACAACAUGGUGUUUCGCCUUCUCGGCAUCAAGCAAGGAACAUCUCCUGUGUGCCACUACGUCUUUCCACAAGAUCUUCUUUGGGUUCCAUACUAAUAAUCUGCCAAAGAUUCGGAGAAA